AUGUAUUUGUUAACAUCACGCAGCGAGGCUUUGACUAUGGAUGUGAGAUCAUCGGUUCUGACAUAUCUCCGAGAAAAUGAGAACGUACAUCUUACAGUCGACGAUGGAGGUGCGACUUCCCAUGGAAUACUGGAGAAAGUGACAUUGACCACUGAGGAAGCUAUUUAUCAUGACCAGACGUUGAGUCCCCGAAACAUCGUAUUGGAAGCCGAAGAUGCCAACAAAACCUGGGCAUACGAGCAACAAUUUGACUUCAUCCACUGUCGUCAGCAGCAUCGAACACUGAAUGAACAGUGGUUCUUCGAGCAAAGUUGGAAGUUUCUCCUCCCCGGCGGCUGGCUGGAAAUGCAAGAACUCUGCAACCCACUCCGUUGUGACGAUGGAACUCUCGCCGCUAACAGCGCCCUAUCUCAAUGGGGCCAGUUGCUCGUGGAAGCUUCUAUCAAAAUGGACCGACCAGCCGACAAUCCAACGCGAUAUGCCAAAUGGAUGCGGUCUGCGGGUUUCACGAAUGUGGAGACGGUCGUAUACAAGUGGCCAAUAAAUCCAUGGAGUGAAGACGAGAACGAGAAGCUGAAGGGACUGUGGAAUCUGUACAACGUUCUGGACAGACUGCAUGAGUUUACGAGUAUGUUGCUUACGAAGGUGCUGGGGUGGCGCCAGAAAGACGUCGAUUCCUUGUUGGUGGAUGUGCGCGCUGAGUUGCAGGAUCCAAAUGUGCAUGCCUAUUGGCCGGUGUAUGUCGUUUACGGACAGAAACCACUACCUGAGACAGAUCAGAUCUAG